AUGCUCCCCUCCAGCUCAGUGUUGGCACUUUUACCUGUAGGACCAUGCCGUUAUUUUGGACCGACAACAUGUUUUUUCGCCUACAAUCUCUCGAAUGUCGCGAAUAUGAACGUCGCAAUCGGGAUUUUUCAUUCGAUGUAUUUUCGAUAUCGUCUGAUUGGAACUGAAGCGUUGACACGAACACGUGUGAAGCUCAACCUUCUUAUCACAACAAUUCUUCCCGUCAUACUAGCGAUUACUCCUUACAUUGCUCCUCUCCGUUUUGAUACUGUAAUGGAAGUUGCCAUUCGUGAACAUCCAGAUCAUAAUUUAGAAGAAUAUGGGCCUUUCGGUGGUUUCUCUUCCACAAGUGAUCCUGUGUUCGUAAUAAAUUCCCUGAUUUUAUACGCUGUACCUUUUUUCUUGCCUAUAGUCAUAAUGUACUGGAGACACCUGAUUCUAAAGGCGUUUAACAGUCAUGGAGGUGGAUUUACGGACAAAACUCGAUCUAGUUCAAGAUUAUUGCUUAAGGCUCUAACCGUGCAAGCACUGAUGCCGUUAGUAUGUAUUGUGCCAAUUGGCCUUCUCUAUUUCGUAGUACAAUUUACUGGACAAGAACUUGUUGCUCUGGAGUAUUUAUUCGCCGUAUUCGUUACACUUCCGUUUAUAAUUGAUCCUAUAUGUACGAUCUAUUUCGUUGUCCCGUAUAGAAAAUGGAUAAUUGAACAAUGUCGCGGGCAUAUAAGAUCCGCUUGGAUAGAUCAUAACGUAGCUGCUGAUGCACCGAUAAGCCUAACUGUCGCCCGAGUCACGGAUGUGGGUUAG